AUGGCACUUACUUUUCGAUUUCCGGUGGGAACUGCUGUAGUGUUCUCGACGGAGACUGCAUACGACUGCCGGUGUGACGGGAGGAAGGGCAAGCCGGCGGUCGAGGACGCACCGCACUACACUCUACGGUGUGAGGAGCACUGCGGUGCGGAUAGCGCGCGCACACCCCCGCACCGUCCACCCGUACCCCCGCUGCCCCAUCGAUUCACCCUAAGUACACUCAGACACCCCCUUUGGGAAAUGGCCGUGAAUAUGGCGUGCCUA